UUCUCACUAUAAUAUGACUCAGUUGUAGUUAAUUAUCACACUAACAUGACAUUUCCAUCAGUCCAUGAGGUGUACCAUUCAUCUUUCAACGAGCUGGGAAGAACCGAUGACAUGAGUGAGGGAAACUACUCACCUCACCUGUUUUACCAGCCCCACCCUGAGCCUUAGUUUUUAAGAAGCAUGUGAUUCAUGUGAACUGGCAUUUCGGACUUACCACCCUUGGGUCUCUACGCUUUAUUUCAUCGCUUCUGUAACCUUGUGGUCGGCCAUACACCCCGGUGAGACCUCCAAGAAGAAUAGACCAUCCUUCUCCAUUCCAUCCAGGACCAUAUGGCCUCAGCUUGGUCCGAAGAGGACACCUUUGUCUGCUCAGUAUGCCUGGAAAUCCUGAAGGACCCGGCCACUCUACCCUGUGGGCAUUCAUACUGCUUGGCUUGUAUCCAGAGCCACUGGGACAAGAAAGACAGCCAAGGUCAGUACAGUUGCCCUCAGUGUAGGCAGGUCUUCAGCCCCCGACCUUCGCUGGCCAAGAGCACUCUGCUAGCAGAGGCUAUGGAGAAACUGAGAACCAACAGCCUCAAACAAAGCACCUCUGUAGCUGUUCCCUCUGCCUCACCAUCAGUGCCUAUCUACCUGGAGGUCCUACCAGAUACAGGGCCACGACCUGGCAGCAUGUACCCUCAGCUACCCAUAGUGGACCCAAGACCCUGCCCUCAACAUAACCGUCCCCUGGACCUGUUUUGCCAUGAAGACAAGGAGUGUGUGUGUGAGGUGUGUUGUCAGCAUGGACACAAGGGACAUCGUGUGCUCAAACCAGAGGAGGAAAGGAAGGAGAGACAGAAAGAGCUUGUUCAGAUGCAGGUUGACGUACAGAAGAGAAUCAAGGAGACUGAAAAGAAGCUUAAUGAGAUUCCACAUGUUGCUCGCCAACACAAGGCCUUGGUACAGGCUCUGCAGCAUGAGAGCACAGAUUUAUUCUCUGAGCUUGUUCAGAACGUAAAUCUAACGGGCACCGAGUUUGGUGAGCUCCUCAGCACUCAUGAGACCUCCCUAGGCAGCCAGGUUGAGGGGCAGAUCCACCAACUGGAGCAGGAGGUGGCACAGCUGCGCUGGAAGAGUGCAGAGCUGAGCACUCUGGCCGACAUGCAGGACCACAUCUGCUUCUUGAAAAAUUUCCUCACCGUGGAGCUGCCGGGUCCGUCAGGUAUACUGUCAAUACUGAGGCAGGAGGAAGCAGUGGUAGCCUCCAUCCGCUCAGCCAUGAAAGAACUACAAGAGUCAAUACAGGACCUCUGCAAAGCCAGCCUGGCCAAGAUCAUCACAUUACUGAAUCACGACCCUGAGGCUCCAAUGCCCAAUGGCGCAGAAGCAGCAAACACUACAGCAGAUAACAGUGAUCAGACCACUGCACGAAACACAGUCUAUGAGAUGAUAACAGACCCUCCACCUCUGCCACCUCGAAGACCUCAAGGGCACAAUGAUUUUUUCAAAUCUCCACCUCAACAUCCUCCAAGUGUUCACACUUCUGCCCCUCCUCCUCAUCUUCCUCAAGCUCCAACAAUGGGACAUGGUAAUCCAGAACCAAAGACAAGAGGAGAAUUGUUGAAAUUUCGCUUUGAGCCCACCAUGGAUCCCAACACGGUGUAUCGCCAUGUGCAGCUGUCAGACGGAGGUCAUAAGGCCACAAUGCGGGCUGAGAACCUGAACCCACCAGAUCAUCCCGAACGCUUCCAAUUUUGGAGACAGGUUCUCUGCAGAGAGCCUCUGGCGGGGAGCCCUUACUACUGGGAAGUGGAGUGGACUGGCCAGAAGAUUACCAUUGGCGUGGCCUACAAAGAGAUAGAACGUAAAGGUUCUGAUGGCAAAAGCCGUUUGGGCCACAAUGCUCUUUCCUGGAGCUUGUACUGGUCCGGGACUGGCUUCUCCUUCUGGCACGAUGGCCAGGAAAAACUGCUGGGCUCACCUAAAGCCCGACGGAUUGGUAUCUAUCUGGACCAGCAUGCAGGGAUUCUGGCCUUUUACCGUAUCGCCCACAACCAGGCUGAUAUCAUCCAUCAGCACCGGGCCCAGUUCAGUGGCCCACUGUACCCAGGGAUCAGGUUCUGGGCAGGAGUAGGAGCAACAGUGACUAUCUGCCAAUUGGAUUGAGUUGUACAGGGCUGUUGUUUUCUCAUAAAACCUGUUUGUUUGAUUGAAAGCAUGUGACACUUUGACUUUCUCAUUCCUUCUAAUGAGAAAACAAAAAUAUUAAAGAAUGUAUCGUUUUCAUAUUAGUUUUUUGCACCAGCCUUUACUGAUGUGAUGAAAAUGAAUAAAAUAGCAGUAAGCACACAUUUAAUCUAUAGAUCUUUUCUUUUUAACAUAUUUGGGAAAAUGAGGAUAACAUCUCUUAAAGCAAUAAAGUAUUCUGUGUGAAUGUG